AUGACAGAAGGGGAGCUGCCCAGUGCCUUCAGUGAGGUCAGCCUGUGCCUCCUCUGCCACAAUGACAUAGCCACCAUGAAGCAGCUGUGCAAUGACUGGUUCCCCUUCCAGUACCCAGACUCAUGGUAUGGUGACAUCACAUCCAAGAAGAAGUUCUUUUCCCUUGCUGCAACAUGCAGAGGAGCCAUUGUGGACCUGAUAGUAGCUGAAAUUAAAAACAGGACCAGGAUAUAUAAAGAGGGUAGAGAUAUCCUAGCCUCUAACUUCUCUGCUGACACACAGGCUGUGUACAUUCUGAAUCUGGGACUAGUGAAAGAAUUCCCUCUUGAAAGUUUAAAGGAUCACACAUCAACCACUGCCCAGGACCACUGCAAAGCUAUUUACCUCCAUGUCCUCACCACCAACAACACAGUAAUAAACUUCUACAAGAACAGACACUUUAAACAGUCUCACUAUCUCCCCUCUUACUAUUCCAUCCGAGGAGUCCUCAAAGAUGGCUUUACCCACAUCCUCUACAUCAGUGGUGGCCACCCUCCCAGGAUUAUCUUAGACUACAUCUAGCAUCUGGGCUCUGUAGCCAGUCUGAGCCCCUGCCCCAUCCCGCAUGGGUUCUACCACCAGGACCGUAGCCUGCUCUGUAGCUUCUGGCCAUGGUUGGGCUUCUGUGUGAAGGGCAGCAUCAAGAACAGCCAGACCAUGCCAGUCGGGCAGCCUCCACUAAGCCCUAUCCUUCGUCCUUUAACACUCUGCUGA